AUGUACGAGCUGCGUCUGGCGGCCUCCGACAACCUCAAGGAGAACUACACAACGGUGGUGAUCCACGUGAAGGACGUGAACGACAACCCGCCGGUGUUCGAGCGCCCCACCUACCGCACGCAGAUCACCGAGGAGGACGACCGCAACCUGCCCAAGCGCGUGCUGCAGGUCCUGGCCACGUGGCGCGCCACCUGCCUGCCACUUGUUCUGUUGUUGUGGUUGUUUUGUGUGUCGCCUUACGAGCUGACGCUGGUGGCGUCGGACAGCCUCAACGAGAACCAGACGCGCGUGGCCAUCCGCGUCAACGACGUCAACGACCUGCCGCCCGUCUUCGACCGGCCGCUGUACAGGGCGGAAAUCCUCGAGGAGCUGCCUGGCCCGCACCCGUACCGCCUGCUGCAGGUCGGCGCCGCCCGCCCCACCUCUCUCUCGACUCCGGGCCGGGAGGGCGACGUCUUCGGUCCGCGUGCCGGCGAUGCUGACCUGCCUUUCUGGCUCCCGCAGGUCACCGCCACGGACGGAGACAAGGACCGGCCGCAGAACAUCGUGUACUUCCUCACGGGCCAGGGCAUCGACCCCGACAACCCUGCCAACUCCAAGUUCGACAUCAACCGCACCACUGGAGAGAUCUUCGUGCUCAAGCCGCUAGACCGCGACCAGCCUAACGGCCGCCCCCAAUGGCGGUUCACCGUGUUCGCCCAAGACGAGGGCGGCGAGGGCCUGGUGGGCUACGCCGACGUGCAGGUCAACCUCAAGGACAUCAACGACAACGCUCCCAUCUUCCCGCAGGGCGUGUACUUCGGCAACGUCACCGAGAACGGCACCGCAGGAAUGGUUGUGAUGACCAUGACAGCAGUGGAUUAUGAUGACCCAAGUGAAGGAAGCAAUGCACGACUUAUCUACUCAAUUGAGAAAAAUGUUAUUGAAGAAGAGACUGGCUCACCUAUUUUUGAAAUUGAAUCCGAAACAGGAGUCAUUAAAACAGCAGUAUGCUGCCUUGACCGUGAACGCACACCAGACUACUCUAUACAAGUGGUAGCAAUGGAUGGAGGGGGGUUAAAAGGAACUGGAACGGCAUCGAUACGUGUUAAAGAUAUUAAUGACAUGCCGCCACAGUUUACCAAGGAUGAAUGGUUCACUGAAGUGGAUGAAACUGAUGGCUCAAAUCUCCCAGAGACCCCAAUCCUAACUGUCACAGUCCAUGAUGAGGAUGAGACCAAUAAAUUCCAAUACAAGGUAAUAGAAAACAGUGGUUAUGGUGCUGAUAAAUUUACUAUGGUUAGAAAUAAUGAUGGUACAGGAUCUCUAAAAAUUGUUCAACCACUGGAUUAUGAAGAUCAGCUUCAGAGUAAUGGAUUUAGAUUUCGUAUUCAAGUCAAUGAUAAGGGUGAAGAUAACGACAACGACAAAUACCAUGUUGCCUAUUCUUGGGUAGUUGUGAAACUACGCGAUAUUAAUGAUAAUAAACCCCAGUUUGAAAGGCCUAACAUUGAAGUGUCAGUUUAUGAGAAUGCUGAAGUAGGAAAAUCACUGGAAACAUUUAAAGCUACUGAUCCUGACCAAGGAGGAAAGAGCAAAGUGAAGUAUGCUAUUGACAGAACAAGUGAUCGUAAGAGACAAUUUUCAAUAAACCAAGAAGGAACUGUGUCCAUUCAACGAAAUUUAGACCGUGAAGAGACGCCUAGACAUCAGGUGAAAGUUCUUGCAAUAGAUGAUGGAGUUCCACCAAAAACAGCAACUGCCACUUUGACAGUAAUAGUUCAAGACAUUAAUGACAAUGCUCCUACUUUCCUAAAAGAAUAUAGACCUGUGCUUCCAGAACAUGUUGCUCCACGUAAAGUUGUUGAAAUCUUAGCAACAGAUGAUGAUGAUAGGUCUAAGAGUAAUGGCCCUCCAUUCACUUUCCGCAUGGAUCCUAAUGCUGAUGAUAUAAUAAGAGCAUCAUUUAAAGUUGAACAUGAUCAGAAGGGAGCUAAUGGUGAUGGUAUGGCUGUAGUUACAUCAUUAAGGACCUUCGAUCGUGAGCAACAGAAAGAAUACCUCAUCCCCAUUGUAAUCAAAGACUCAGGUAACCCUGCUAUGUCUGGCACUAGCACCCUUACUGUUGUCAUUGGUGAUGUAAAUGAUAACAAAAUGCAACCAGGAUCAAAAGACAUAUUCGUUUACAAUUACAUGGGUCAGGCUCCUGAUACAGAAAUAGGACGAGUAUAUGUCUAUGAUUUAGAUGAUUGGGAUCUUCCAGAUAAGAAAUUUUAUUGGGAACAAACAGAACACACACAUUUCAAACUCAAUGAAGAUUCUGGAAUGAUAACUAUGAAACAUGGUACACCGGAUGGGAGAUAUAACUUAAAGUUCAAAGUCUAUGACAGGAAACAUACACAAACGGAUGUACCAGCUAAUGUCACAGUAACAGUCAGAGAAAUUCCUCAUGAAGCUGUGAUAAACUCUGGCUCUGUGAGAAUUGCUGGGAUUACAGAUGAAGACUUCAUUAGAGUGUGGAAUUACAAGACUCAGAAUGUACAAAAAAGCAAAGCAGAACGUUUCCGAGACAAACUUGCUGACUUACUAAAUACUGAUCGAGAGAAUAUAGAUGUGUUCAGUGUGCAAUUACGACGCAAACAUCCGCCUGUGACUGAUGUGCGUUUCUCUGCUCAUGGUUCGCCUUACCAUAAACCUGUACGUCUCAAUGGAGUUGUUCUUAUGCAUCGUGAAGAUAUUGAAAAAGAUGUUGGCAUUAAUAUUACUAUGGUGGGCAUAGAUGAAUGUUUAUAUGAAAAUCAGAUGUGUGAAGGCAGUUGUACAAAUACAUUAGAUAUAAGUAAUUUGCCUUACAUGGUUAAUGCCAACAAAACAUCCCUUGUUGGAGUGCGAGUAGAUGUUAUUCCUGAAUGCACAUGUGGAGCACGAAAUUUCAGCAAAAGUGAAUCCUGUCGGUCUAGUCCUUGCCAUAAUGGUGGGCGUUGUGUAGAAGGUCGUUAUGGACUCAGUUGUUCAUGUCCUAGUGGUUACAAUGGUCCUCGAUGUCAGCAAAUAUCUCGAAGUUUCCGUGGAAAUGGUUUCGCUUGGUAUUCUCCUCUAGACAUGUGUGAUAAUUCCCAUCUCAGUUUAGAAUUUAUCACACGAAAAGCCGAUGGUAUGCUUCUGUACAAUGGUCCUAUUGUGCCUCCAGAGACAGAUGAAACUCUUGUUUCAGACUUCAUUUCAUUGGAGUUGGAGAAAGGUAUGCCUAGGUUACUGAUUGAUUUUGGCUCGGGAACUCUGGAACUAAGAGUUAAAACAAAGAAAACUUUGGAUGAUGGAGAAUGGCAUCGAUUAGAUGUGUUUUGGGAUACAGAAAAUGUGAAGCUGGUAGUAGACUUUUGUAAAUCGGCUGAUAUAUCUGAACUUGAGGAUGGAUCUCCACCUGAGUUUGAUGAUGAAAGUUGUCAGUCAAGUGGUACUGUCCCACCAUUCAAUGAAUAUCUCAAUGUCAAUGCACCUCUGCAACUUGGAGGCUUGUAUGUGGAACCAUUUGACCAAACCCAUUUCCACUGGCAUACAAUGCCUAAUGGCAAGGGAUUUGAUGGGUGCAUCAAAAAUGUGUUCCAUAAUAGCAAGCUUUAUGAUCUUGCAUCACCUGGACUGUGGAGAAACAGUGUGGCUGGUUGCCCACAAACAGAAGAAGUUUGCAAUACACAAGAGUCCACGCUGCGUUGCUGGGAGCACGGCCAGUGUGUGGGUAGUUUCUCAGAAGCACGAUGCCAAUGUAAGCCUGGAUGGACUGGACCCUCUUGCCUCAGUCCAACCACGCCUACAACUUUUAAACCACAGAGUUAUGUUAAAUAUGCCCUGUCUUUUGAACCUGAUCGUUUCUCAACUCAAAUGCAACUGCGCUUUAGAACACGAGAAGAGCAUGGAGAGUUAUUUAGAGUGUCAGAUCAGCACAAUCGGGAAUACGGUAUCCUUGAGAUUAAGGACAGCCGUUUGCACUUCCGGUAUAACUUAAAUAGCUUGCGCACAGAAGAAAAGGACCUCUGGCUUAGUGCAGUUACAGUUGAUGAUGGUCAAUGGCACACAGCAAAGGUAUCAAGAUAUGGUUCUGCUGCAAUUCUAGAAUUAGAUGGUGGUGAAGGCAGACGAUACAAUGAGACUUUCAACUUUGAAGGACAUCAAUGGCUUUUAGUUGACAAACAGGAAGGUGUUUAUGCUGGAGGUAAAGCUGAAUAUACUGGUGUACGUACCUUUGAAGUAUAUGCUGACUAUCAAAAGGGCUGUUUGGAUGAUAUUAGACUUGAAGGCAAGCAUUUACCAUUACCUCCUGCAAUGAAUGGAACCCAAUGGGGUCAAGCUACUAUGGCACGGAAUCUGGAGCGAAAUUGUCCUUCAAAUAAUCCAUGUGCCAAUGUUAUUUGCCCUGAUCCAUUUGAAUGCGUGGAUCUUUGGAAUGAAUAUGAGUGCACUUGUGGUGAGGGACGCAUUCUGACACCUGACCAGAAGAGCUGCAUGGACAAGAAUGAGUGCCUGGAACGACCUUGUCUAAAUGGUGGCACUUGCAUCAACCAAGACCCCAAAUUGCGUUAUCGCUGUGUCUGCCAGGAAGGUUUCUGGGGAGAGAACUGUGAGCUUGUCCAAGAGGGGCAAACAUUGAAGCUGAGCAUGGGUGCACUUGCAGCCAUCCUCGUUUGUUUCCGGAUCCGAGGUGUGACAUGUGUUAAUGAAGAUGAGUGCAAAUGGAGGCCUUGCCAAAAUGGUGGUCGUUGUGAAGAUUAUGAAGAUGAACGUCGUUAUGUGUGUCAUUGUCCUGCUCGAUAUACUGGAUUGAAUUGUGAACUUGUUCUACUGGAGUCAGGCAUCAUUCAACCUUCGCGUGAUUUUAUCAUUGCCAUCAUUGUUUGUCUGAUUCUGUUACUCAUUCUGGUCCUGGUGUUUGUUGUCUACAAUCGAAGGAGAGAAGCACACAUUAAAUAUCCUGGUCCAGAUGAUGAUGUGCGCGAAAACAUCAUUAAUUAUGAUGAUGAAGGAGGUGGUGAAGAUGAUAUGACUGCUUUUGACAUUACGCCUCUGCAAAUUCCAGUUGGAGGUCCACUACCGGACAUGCCUGCCAAAUUACCCUUCCCACCACUCGGCCCAGAACCUAAUGUAGGUGUUUUCAUUGAAGAACACAAGAAACGUGCUGAUGCUGAUCCGAAUGCUCCACCAUUUGAUGAUUUACGCAAUUAUGCCUAUGAAGGAGGUGGCAGCACAGCUGGCUCUUUGUCUUCUCUUGCCUCUGGCACAGAUGACAAUGAGCAAGAUUUUGAUUAUCUGGGAGCGUGGGGGCCUCGGUUUGACAAGCUGGCGGAUAUGUACGGCCAAGAGGGAGAAGAGAGUGAGGAGGAGGAGGAGCAGUGAGCGGUUGCGUUCUGUAGCACACCUUAUUCUCACUUGUUGGCCAAUUAUACUCCAUCAUAGCCCAUGGACAUAGUGGCUUGAAGAACCAUCACUGACAAACCCUUACUUACCAUAAGGCCAGUGUCCCUCGUCAGCAUAUGAUGUCACCUCUACAAGAAUUAUCUCCCUCUAUCUUUCUUCACACUGUCAUCCAUCAUGUUCAAGUAUAGGUUAUCAAACCAUGAAAAUUGCCUUCACACUGAACUGCAGGACAUAUGCUGGACUAUUUUUCAUGUUGAUAGUUUUAAAAUAGAAUUAUUAUAAUAUAUGUUGAAGGUUGACAAACCUAAUCAACGACCAAACAAGAAGGCAUAAUGCAGAGUAGUGAAUAUCAGUUUUUUAUUCUUUAACUAUACAAACAAAUUUUCCAGAAGAAUUACCACUUGUUGCAGCUAAGAACAAGGUCUUUUUCUAGGUAGGACACCUAUACAUUCUCUGGGCCUUAAAACUGGGGUUUAAAACUUAAGGAAGAAACUUUCAAAAAGACUGUACUUGUUCUUGGCCAGAUUCCUGGCCAAGUCAUAUGUCACAUGUAACUGUGUUCUUGAGCGUGGGAUGAGCACCUACCACCGUCUCCACCCCCACCCGACCAUCUGGCAUCUGUCAGCCAAUGACCUCUGUACAUAGUUGGCAUAGCAUAAGCAUUAAACUAUUCAAAUACUCAUGAGCAAAAAUCAUCACAUACCGUAGAUUUGUAAUGUACAUAGAUUGUCCAUAUUGUGUUAUAAUAUUUUUAAGCAUUUUUUGCACAUACGUGAAGUCAUUAUUAAACAGCCAGUCACUUGUUUCACAAAGUCAUUUUUCCAUUCCACGGGGCCCUCCGUGCUCAUCUUUCCUCCAAGGGCGCAGGUUUCAUUAUUGUGGUUUAUUUUAUUUUUAAAUGUUAUUUGUUUGAUCGUGCUUGUGUAUCAUUCACACUUGUUCCUGGUUGCUUGUUGUGUGUCUGAGUGCCUGAGUGGGUAUGUCAUUGUCAUGCCAAGUCAGUCCAUGAGAAAAGAAGUGAAUGACUGCAUGUUUUUGAAUUUGUAUGAAAGCAGUUUUACGAAUGUGUGCAUACUGUGUGUGCCAGUUGUAUACAGAAUUAAAUAAUGUAAGAGAAACAUUAGCCUAUGUAUAAUGUUUUUUUCCUGCCUUAUUUAACAUGGACUAGUGCCAAGUGAAAGAUGUAGAUUAUAAUCACAGUAAAACAACAAAAAGUUAAAUUAAUGUGUCGCACUCAUGUAUCAAUUUGUAGUUUUAGUAGAUAAUUUUAAGAAAUAUACAGUACAUACAUACUUUGCUCUACAUUUGUCACAUUUUCAAACUCUAGCUGUAUAAUUACCAUUAUGUUUAAGUUAGAAACCGUGGCAAUUGUGUCAGGACAAACUGUGUAUUUUAUUUUCUCACUGUACUGUACUGAGAGAUGAGUGAUUUGUUUUUGUGUAUUAGGUUGGUAUGCAUGUCAUUCAGCAGGCUGUUACUGUGUACACGGCCUCAUGUUAGUGUAAGAUGUGUUUUUAUGUUGUAACUAAUCAAGACUUUUAGUAAAUGGCCAUCUUAGAAUUUAAGUAUUAUAAUAUAUAUUAUAUAUAAAAUAUUAAUUAUUUUGGCAGCAGUUUGAUGCCUCUACCAAAUAAGAAAUGAUGUACUGCAAACGAGAAUUUGCACUUCAGUAUUAUGUUUUACAAUUUCUAUGAUGUUUACUAAAUGCAAGUGUAUGGAGAAGCUAAUUGGAUUGAACUGAGGAGUUUCAGACAUUCCAAAGAGAACUAGAUUCUGGUAAACAUACAUGGCACCUCGAAGCUGUAGUAAAAAUUGUUCUCUUUUUCAUAUUUUAGUUCUCUGUGUGGUCAAAUUAAACAUUUUGGAAUUGCCAACAAAUAAGAAGAAAAGAAGGAAACUUGGACUGAUGUAACUGCUCAAAAAAUCCAGUGUAAAUUGACAUUUUGUCCUUGGAUCCGUGUGUUUGUUUAUAACUAUUUUAUUAUUUGUAUGAGAGUAGGUAGUUAAAGUUGCGGCAGAUACUGUGAGAACACCCUCCUUAUCUCAGCAAUAUAGGGCUUCUGUUUAGCUUGUUUGAUGCAGGAAACAUAUUCAGUCAUCUUAGCAUUAAGUCCUGCACUACCAAGCAUCAACACACCAGGCUGUGACAGACUACCCUCUUUCCAUGAUUUGUUUGUUACUGCACAAAAACUGAUCAGUGCCAAAUAUUAUAUCUCUAGCACUUUGCUGUAUACACAUGUUACCAUUCACUAUCAAUUGUUUUCUAGCCUAAUAUGUUAGGUCUCUCCAGAUUUUGUCUCCAUACUCCAUAUCACUGCCAUUUAGAUCAUGCCCAUAAUUUUUCAUUUUUCAAGGCAAGAGAUUCUUACAAGUACAGCUAAGCAUUCCCUAUUCAUUUGUUUGUGUGUGUGCGUGUGUUUUCAUGUACAGUCUGCCACAUUUAACUUUCUGUUUAGUUUUUUUAUUUAUUUAUUUAUUUAUUGUGGUUAUACAGACAUCCAUUCCUCUUCAAAAUUGAUAAUAUGAGGGUUAACAUAAAAGAAAUUUUGUACAUUUUUACAAAAUCUUCAUAUAGAAAUAUAUGAAUCAUUACAUCUUCAAAUGUAAAAUAGUAGCACACGGGGUAAUAAUAUAUUAUAUAUAAAUAUAAAUAAAGAUGAUAGUCACAGGUUCAAUAAACAGAAAAGAGAACAUUGUUUUAUAUUAUUAUUUAAGUUUCUUAUAGGUUAAGAAUUAAGUGGCUACAGUAACUAGAUGAGAAUGCUUCUAAAACAUUAAAUAUAAUUUGGAGGAACAACCCAAUUUUAGGUGAGAUUUCAUCUUUGAGAUGUGCAGACCUCAGCAUGUCACAGCUUGGAAAAUUACUUUCAAUUUAAGUACAUACUUGACAUUAUCUCAUUGAAAAUGUCAAUUUUUUUUCAAAAUCCCAUUUUGAAAUACGGUGUAUUAUUCCGGUCCAGAUGGCAACAGUUAUCUGCUGUGAUUUUAGUUGCAAAUGUGUGUUUUUUGUGAGUGUAUCUAUGUUUGUAUUUUGUUUCUCAGCUGUGAUUACCUAGCUGUAUAGUUUCAGUAUGAAAUAAAUACACCAUUACUAUGUUCCCAA